AUGGAUGUGAAUAAAUUAUCCAAUCAAGAAAAGUUGAAGAUUUGCCGAACUUAUUUCUUCGCUGGUCUACCUUUUCUCCCUUUUGUUUGGUGGAUCAACGUUUUCUCCUUUCUUCGAGAGGUACUGUACGCUCGGCCGUAUCCAGAGUUGCAACCGAUUAAGAGAUACGUCCUUUUUAGCCUUAUCGGUGCCCUGUUUUGGACUCUAGCUCUCAUACUUUGGCUUGCCUUUUACUAUACUUCCCGUGUGGCCUGGGGCGAAUUGGGUGAUCGUCUUUCUUUUAACAUACCUGCGGGAAGAUUAUAA